AUGCCGAAGCCUCUGAGCAUCGAGGAGCUCAUCAAACCCGCGGAGCCGGCCGCCGCGCCCGCCGCCGCGCCCGCCGCUGCGCCGGGCAAGAAGCUGAGCAUCGAGGAUCUCGUCGCACGCGUCCGCGACGGCGACACCGAUGAGAAGGUUGCAGCGGCAGAGGAGCUGGGCGACCUCGCAGCCGACGCAGCCGACGGCGCCGAAGCGUGCGCGGAGAUCGUUCAGGCUGACGGCGUCAGGCCACUCGUCGACCUCGCUCGCAACGGCAGCGGCAUGGAGAAGCAGUGGGCGGCGUACGCGCUCAGCGAGCUCUCCGCCCGGGACUUCUCGAGCAGCAUCUUCGAGGCUGGCGGCAUCGGGCCGCUUGUCAAGCUUGCGCGGAGCGGCGGCGAGGACGCGAUGGAGUGGGCCGCGCAGGCGCUGGGCUAUCUCGCUCGCCUCGCUGACGCCUCAGAGGCGAUCAAGGAGGCGGACGGCGUCGGAGCGCUCGUCGAGCUUGUGCCGAGCGGGACCGCUGGCGCGCAGUUCGCAGCGUGGGCGCUGGGCAAUUUGGCGGGCCACGGCCCCGACUAUUGCACGGCGAUCCGGCAGGCCGGCGGCGAGCAGGCACUGGCGGAGCUGUCUCGCACUGGCGACAAAACGGCGAAGAAGUACGCCGAGAAGGCGCUGGUCAAGCUGUCGUCGGCGACCGCGCCCGCCGCCGCGCCCGCCGCCGCGCCCGCCGCCGCGCCCGCCGCCGCGCCCGCCUCCGUCCUUGGCAAGAAGGCACCGGGGCCUUCGCAGCUGGCUCCCGGCUCCAAGAAGCAGAACAUGGGCUCCGCCUCGUCCGCCGCCGCACCGUCCAUUGCUCCCGCCGCGCGCUUCUCUGUCAAAGAGCACGUGGGCGUCAUGUCCAGCGCCGAUCUCGCGCGCGCUCUCGCAAAGCUCGGCUUUACGGCUAACGCUUUGGAGGAGUGCGUGCUCCGAGCCAAGCUGCUCGAGAUCAUCGACGGCGUCGAGGGGUCCGAUUGGGCGACCACGCUCAAGCAGGCGACCGAGCGAGCCGUUCGCAGCUUCCUCGAGCAGUUUCUCCCCUCGAGAUCGGUGCCAAGCCGCGCAGCUAAGGCGCUUACGAGCCAGGACCCCGCAAAGAUGUGGCAGGGCCUGAUCUCGGAGUUCUGUCCGCCCGCCCCUGGGCAGCCCGACCGCCGUGGCAAGAAGGUGCUCGCCGUCGGUCCCGGCUUCGGCUUUCUCAAAAACCCCGAGCAGAUCCGCAUCGUCGAGCGCGCUGGCUUUGAGGUCAAGAGGCUGCUCUGCCCUGACCCCGAGGCCGCGGACUUCGAGAUGGCGAACGAGAUCGGUGCGGUGGUCGCGGCGAUUGAGUCCUUCAAGCCGGAUGCCGUUCUCUGUGCGUCCAGGGGUGGUGCGUACAUGGUCGAGCUGUGGCGGAUGAUGGAGGCUGGCCAGUUCUCCAAGGGCGACUUUGGCUGCCUGAUGAUCAACGCGCAUCCGGACAUCGACCGCGUGCUUUACAGCAAGCUGCCGAAGGACGUGAGGAUCGUGCUCGUGCAGGGCUCGGAGGAGGAGAUAUGGCGGCGGGCGCGCGGCUACGGCAGCAUGGGGCAGGUGGAGGCGGGCUCGCUCGAGGCACUCAUGCGCACGGGCUCGCCAGGGCUGUGCUACCUGUACCACACGGUCGAGAAGGGCGGCAUGCGGCAGCGCAAGGGCGACAAGCACAUUCCCGCGUCGCUGAUGCACGACGACUGCCUGCCACGGCUGAUCGACGCGCUACUCGCAGAGAAGCCGCCGUUCGCCUUCCCUGCGUCGUGCGCGGCGUUCACCUCCGAGGCGCGGCGCGCGCACGAGAGGUUCCUUGGCUUCGAGCCGCGUUCGCUGCGCCGCUUCUGGGCGUCGGAAGAGAGGAAGGGGCGCGAUGCGACGAUGCGCUUCCGCGUGACGGAGGGCUCCGACGAGUACAAGGCGGUGGUCGGCAUCUUUCAAGCCGAGCCGACCGUCGCGCGCUUCUACGCGCCGCACUCGAAGACGGCGAGCCUCGACGUGGCGUACAUCGAGCGCGUGGAGAACGGCAACUUGCACGAGAGCACCGACGUUGGCUAUGGUAACCACCACAGCACCUUCCAAAAGCUGGGCGUCGACUUCGUCGGCGGCGUGCACACGCGCUGGCUCUUCCACGGCGCGGGCAGCGCCGAGGUCGUCGAGGCGAUCAUCGACAACCCGACGAACGGCUUCCAACCAAUGGCGACCGAGCGCGCGCUGUGGGGGCAGGGCACGUACUGUGCGCGCGACGCCGCCUACCCGUGGCAGCUGAACAACUGCUGCAAGACAUGCAUCGACGGAGAGGGCAACAUGAUGGUGAUGCUUUGCCUGGUCGUCGUUGGCGUGCCCACAGUCGGCGAGGAGGGGCUGCGCAACAUGCCCAAGAUCCACGAGGGCCUCGUGCCCAAGAUGCGCUACGGCUCGUUCGUCGACAGCCCGGCCAACCCCGAGAUGUUCGUCGUGCAGAACGGCGCGGACAUCUAUCCCGCGUACAUCAUCCACUUCUCGUGA